AUCUUUUGUGAACAGGGUGACGAACCUUCGGGUUCCAUGAAGAAAGUGGGUUAUUCUUUGGCAAGCCGAGUACAACUUUUCAAACGACAACGAGCGUCACCUUUCGAAAGUCCGAAGCAUCGACAACGUUUCUUGUGUGAAGUACGUGUAGAAGGAUUUGGUUAUGUUGGUGCAGGGAACUCCACAAACAAGAAGGAUGCACAGAGUAAUGCAGCAAAAGAUUUUGUUCAGUAUCUGGUGCGUCAGUCUAUUGUCAAUUCGAAGGAUCUUCCGUCUGAGCUUGGACCAGCGACUGAUGCCAAAGAUGCACUUCCAUCAGAUCUACCAUCUGGCGGCCCUACUGCACCUCAUGUGUCACUUGGUCUCACGCGUCCCGUUUUCCAGCCCGGAAUGGGCCCUAAUGAAAUAGGUGAGGCAUAUCGUCCAUACCAACGUGAUGGAGACCGGCCUCAGACUUACAUGGACAGAUUAGCUGAGCAACAAAAAGUGGAAGAAGCAGAGGACUUGGAUGUAAAUGCAAGUAUUCAUGGCAACUGGACGGUAGAGAAUGCGAAAUCUAAAUUGCAUCAGUUCAUGCAGAUGCAUCGCAUCCAGACCGACUACAAGUACACACCUGUUGGACCAGACCAUACUAGAAGUUUUGUUGCUGAAAUGAGCUUCUAUGUGAAGCAGUUAGGAAGAACCAUUAUGGGUCGAGAGACAGGUUCAAACAAACAGACAGCAUCUAAGAGUUGUGCACUUUCACUGGUGCGUCAAUUGUUUCAUUUAGGAGUGAUAGAGGCAUUUAGUGGUACCCUGAAGAAAAACAAAGAGAGUCAGCAAAUGAAACCAUAUGAAGUAGCACUUAGUCCUGAUUUGGAAAAAGAAGUUUAUGAUGUACUAGAAGACCUGCAGAUAAAACCAGUGCCACUUCUCACAGAAACUGGAACAGGACCAGUGUCUCUGUUGACAACACAUAUUGUGGAUGAUUUUGUGUCGUCAAAGACCCAACCAGCAGGUGUUGUGACAUGGUCACCCCCACAGCCCAACUGGAACCCAUGGACUGGUUGUAACAUUGAUGAAGGUCCUCUUGCUCAAGCAACAAUGGAUCAAAUCAGUGAAGAUCUUGCAAAUAAUUUUCGAGAUCGAAUGCAGAAUGAUACUACUCUUCAGGCUAUGGUGAAAGAGCGAGGUGCACUUCCUGUGUCUGCAAUGAAGGGUGGUAUUAUGGAAGCCAUUAAUGAUAGUUCUGUGGUUAUUAUCAGAGGAAACACUGGUUGUGGAAAAACAACUCAAGUAUGUCAGUAUAUAUUAGAUGACUACAUUCAAUCUGGACAAGGUGCAUAUUGCAAUAUUGUUGUGACACAACCUCGACGUAUAUCAGCUGUGUCUGUGGCAGACCGUGUGGCUAACGAGAGAGUAGAACAAUUAGGUUUGAGUGUGGGUUAUAGUGUGCGCUUUGAGUCAUGCCUCCCAAGACCUUAUGGAGGAAUUAUGUUUUGUACUAUUGGAGUGUUACUUCGAAAGCUUGAGAAUGGCCUUCGAGGAGUGUCGCAUGUUAUUGUUGAUGAAAUUCAUGAGCGUGAUGUCAACAGUGAUUUCAUAAUGGUUGUUUUACGUGAUAUGAUUCACACUUAUCCUGAUCUACGACUAAUUCUUAUGUCUGCUACCAUUGAUACCACUCUGUUCAGGGAGUACUUCAACAACUGUCCUGUUAUUGAGGUACCUGGUAGAGCCUAUUCAGUGCAGGAGUACUUCUUGGAGGAUUGUGUGCAGAUGCUAAACUUUGUUCCACCAGCUGAUACCCGAAAACGCCGUAACAAAGAUAAGGAUGACAGUGAAGGAACAGUAGGUGCAGAAGAUCAAGAAGAGAAUCUCAACAAGAUGGUAUCUUCUGAAUACACUGUACAGACUCAAAAUGCAGUAGCUCAGUUGAGUGAGAAGGAAGUAAGUUUUGAGCUAAUAGAAGAACUGUUGAAGUACAUUAAAACAUUGGGCUUUCCAGGUGCAGUUCUCAUAUUCUUGCCUGGGUGGAACUUGAUUUUUGCACUGAUGCGUCAUCUUCAACAACAUCCAGUUUUUGGGAGCCAGGGCUAUAGCAUUAUUCCACUUCACUCACAGUUGCCAAGAGAAGAUCAGCACCGAGUAUUUGAACCUGUUCCAGAGGGAAUAACAAAGAUUAUCCUGUCAACAAAUAUAGCAGAAACCUCUAUUACAAUUAAUGAUGUUGUCUAUGUAAUAGAUAGCUGCAAAGCAAAAAUGAAGUUAUUCACUUCACACAAUAAUAUGACCAACUAUGCAACAGUCUGGGCUUCAAAAACAAACCUUGAGCAGCGGAAGGGUCGUGCAGGUAGAGUUCGGCCAGGAUUCUGCUUCCACCUGCUGAGCAAGUCUCGCUAUGAACGUCUUGAUGAACACAUGACACCUGAAAUGUUCCGAACUCCACUCCAUGAGCUUGCUCUUUCCAUUAAACUCUUGCGACUUGGUGCCAUAGGUCAGUUUCUUAGUAAAGCCAUCCAGCCACCACCUAUAGAUGCAGUCAUUGAGGCUGAGGUACUUCUAAGGGAAAUGAAAUGUCUUGACAGCAAUGAUGAACUAACUCCUCUGGGCCGAAUACUGGCAAAGUUGCCAAUAGAACCCCGACUUGGGAAGAUGAUGAUUCUUGGUUGUAUAUUCUUCUGUGGUGACUCUCUAGCUACAAUGGCAGCAAAUAGCUCAACAUUACCAGAAGUAUUCACAACAGGAAUGGACCACAGAAGACUGACAUACCAGCAGAAAGCUUUUGCUGGGAACCGUUACUCAGAUCAUGUAGCCAUGUUGAAUGCCUUCCAGGCCUGGGAAGAGGCACGCAUGGGUGGUGAGCAGGCAGAGGCCACAUUCUGUGACCACAAGAUGCUGUCCAUGCCCACAUUGAGGGUCACAUGGGAGGCCAAGAACCAACUGAAGGAACUCUUGCAGUCUGCAGGAUUUCCAGAGGAGACGAUGGUACCUGUUGUAUUCAACUACCAAGGGCAACCUGACCCCAAGCUAGACAUGGUUACAGCUCUAAUGUGCAUGGGGCUGUAUCCAAAUGUUUGCUUUCACAAGGAAAAACGCAAAGUUCUUACAACAGAGUCAAAAGCUGCAUUGAUCCACAAGACAUCGGUGAAUUGCAGCAACAUGGAACAACAUUUCCCUUUUCCAUUCUUUGUAUUUGGAGAGAAGAUUCGGACACGUGCUGUGUCGUGCAAGCAGAUGACCAUGGUUACCCCCAUUCACCUCUUGCUAUUUGGUUCGCGCAAAGUGGAGCUUGUUGAUAAUGUGGUGCGCCUUGACAACUGGAUCAAUCUGGCAAUGAAACCUGAUGUGGCGGCUGCAGUAGUUGCACUACGUCCAGUUCUAGAAAGUCUGGUGGUUCGUGCAUCACUUGAGCCAGAGUCUAUCACAGAGAUGUCUCCCCUUGAUGGAAGGGUGGUAAAUGUCAUCAAACAGCUAUGCAAAAUGAAUGCUGGACGUUAUGGCUUGGAAAAAGUUGGUAUGGGAGGUUUUAGUAGUCAACGCCCACCACGUGGUCACAGCUUUGGAAACAAUGGACCACCCCCAAAGAUGAUGCGUGGUGGUGGGGGUGGUUUCAGAGGAGGUUAUGGCAACCAGGGAAGAGGUGGCUAUGGCUUUAGUGGCUAUGGUACUUACAGAGGAGGAGGACGAGGCUAUUAUAGUGGUGGUGGAGGAGGUUUCGGUGGUGAUUAUCGAGGUGGAUACUGAGAGAGCAUUACCACGUUCUAGUGCAUAAAAUGUUCAGUAGUUUUACACUUUGAAGACUGGUGAUACGAUGUUUCUAGACACACCGUUAUUGGAAAGGUUAAUAUUUCAGUUACUCUGUAGCAGUAUUUAAAUACAGUUGGCAAUAUCAUACACUUAUUUGUACUGGAUACAUGUCCCAGGAAAUGUGGAACUGAUCUUCUGGAGGUUGUUUAUUUUGUAAUUCUGAGUUGAAAAUGUUAUGUGAGCCUGUUUCCAAUGCUCAAGCAUUUCAGAUCUCCGAAAGUUGUGGACAAAGAGUUUACUCCAGAGUGAGGCAACAAAAGGAAGUGGUCAGAAUUUAUAAACAUUGCUGAUAAAAUCAUAAAUUCAGUGUUGUACAUAAGGCUGUAUGUAAUGCUGUGAACAUGGUGAUGAACCUUCGGACCCAUGUGGAAAGUGGCUAUUCUUUGACAUGCUGAAUGUACAAUAGACUUUUGAAAGAAUAUUCUGCACCUUAGAGUGAGCGAAUGAGUACAUAUAAUAAUAAUAUAUACUACACGCAGGAUUAAAUCCUGGGUAAGUAAUCGUCUAAGGUGUACCUCCUUUUCCAGUUGAGUAGAGUACUUGCAGACAUUAAACAUUACACAUUCAAUUAUUAUUUUUAAGCAUUAAACAUAAAGCUACAGUUCCAGUUAAGCAUUGUGAGUGCUAGUUGUCAGUACUGCAGUCUGUAAUCUGUUGAGAACAUGGCGUGUUCCAUAUUUAUUGUUAUAUAGUACAGAACACUGAAAGGAGUUGUUUUGUAAAGUGACUUAAACACACCAUCAGCAUAAUUUCUCUCUCAACAUUUGGUGCAGCAAAUAUUUGUUUGAACCACAUGUUUUUGUAGGUUAUUUAACUGCUGAACACUUCUUGUUAGUUUCUGCAUGAUGAACUGUGUCUGCUUUUAGAUUAUAUUUCUCUGUGGACAGGAAUACAAAUGUGUGUACAUGACACACACCUUGAAAUUUUUAGCAGUAAGUCACACAUUAAGUAGGAUUUCAUGUUCUCAUGGUGGCAAGUAUGAAGAUAACUGUCUUCUGAGUUAUGCCACCAUGUAGUCUAGUAGAAGUUUAGUGACAUUUCCGAGAUGCUUGCUUCAUCCAUCAUCAGGGUGAUCUGCCAGCAAGCACCCCUGAAAUGAUGGUAAACUUUUACCAGAUUACAUGGCACUACAACCAGAAGACGGUCAUCUUAAAAUCACACAUUACGUGAAAUGUCAGUAUAGUAAUUGCUGGAUUUUUGUGGAAGUCCACAGGUGUGGGUACUGGUCUGCAUCCAAUCAGUUACUUCCUUUUGGGCCAAUUAAAAUUUGUGUCUGGAAGUUUUUGUAUUAGCCUCUUAUACUGAAUUUAUGAUUUUCCCAGCAGUGUUCACAAAUUCUGUUCAUUUCCCAGUGUAGAGUACACUUCAUAUCUGUAACUUCAAAAUGUUCAUAUAACAUUUUUGAUCUGUAGUUACCUAAUUAACUAUCUCCUACAUUUAUGUGGAUUCCUGUAUAGUGUAAGUUUGUGUGAAUGUGACAUACUCAUCCUACAAUGAACAAUUGAAUGUACCUUAAUGUCAUGGAGAUAUAAUAAUGCCAUAAUUAUUUGUAUGAGAUGAUGUAACAAAAAAAUUCAACUGCGUUAUAGUAUUUGGUAAGGUUUAUGGGGAUGAAAGCAAGUUUGUACUGGCAAGUUUAUUACAUUUUAUUACCAUAA